AUGCCUCGUGCCGAAGUAGGCAGCACAAAAUACCUCAGCAACAAGCUCAAAUCGAAGGGCCUCCAGCGUCUCCGCUGGUACUGUCAAGUAUGUCAAAGGCAGAUGCGUGAUGAAAAUGGUUUCAAAUGCCAUACCCAGUCAGAAUCGCAUGUGCGCCAGAUGUUGCUGGUAGGCGAAGACCCCCGCAAAUACAUCCAGCAAUACUCCAACGAGUUCCUCUCCGACUUCCUCAAACAGCUCCGCACCUCUCACGGCGAAAAGGCAGUCAACAUCAACCACUAUUAUCAAGAGUAUAUCGCCAACAAGGAACAUAUACACAUGAACGCCACACGCUGGCCCAGUCUGACGGAAUUUGCGAAAUAUUUAGGCCGCGAGGGUAUUUGUAGGGUUGAGGAGAGUGAGAAGGGCAUUUUCAUCUCGUGGAUUGAUAAUAGUCCGGAAGCCCUAAGAAGACAGGAAGCACUGCGAAGAAAGGAAAUGCAGGAUCGCGGGGAUGAGGAGCUGGAGCAGAAGAUGAUAGAGGAGCAGGUGCGUAGGGCGAAAAGGGAUAGGGAGGCCGCGGGGAAGGGUUCCGAUGGGGGUGAUGCGGAGGCAGCCCCAAAGGAGUUGCAGCGGACUGAAGGAGAGAAAAUUAAGUUGAAUUUUGCGCUGUCGAAGGGAAAUGCUACUUCUGCUGUUGUUUCAACCUGUCCAGUUCCAGCGAGCAAUGAUAAGAAAUCAGAAUCGCCCACCCUUGCGCACCGAGACCCAGCACAACCUGCAGCUCAAAUUUCACCCACAUCCUCAGAAUCAACUGCCAUGACGCCGGGACUGUCAGCAACAACAUCAACAUCAUUAAAACCUGCCGUCACUAUCUCAAAGCCUAAAAACGUCUUCGCCGCCGUUUCAAAGAAAAAUGCACUGGCUGGCGCUACAAGGAAGAAAGUAGAAGCUCCGCCCAAACCCCUCACAGCCACGGAACGUAUCAUGAAAGAGGAUAUGGAGCGGAAGAGGGCUAGGGAGGAGAGGGAAAAGGACAAAGGGAAAGGGUUUAGUGGGUUUAAUAUAAAAAGGCCAAAGCUUGGUUAA